GGUCGUCUACCGGAAAAUUCAUCGACUUGCGUGUGGAAGUAAUCGAAUCGGUGCGAAUUGGCGUCGAAGUCGACGAUGAGACGAAAGAAGGGAAGAUCUUCUGUAUCAGAAGAUGUCCUUCGUCGCGCCAGGGUUGUCCGUGGAGCUGGCAGUUCAAAGUUUUCCGCCGGGCCGUUUCGUUCCAUCGUCGCGAGAUGGCGGUAGCCGUAAGUCAGACGUUGUUGUCGCGCGCCGCAACGCUUCCGCGGCGGUCUCGGCGGGCGGUCCUCGUAGUACCGAUACGCGCGCGCGUCACGCUCGUCUCGUCGUGGUGCCGUUCUCGCGUCUCUUCCUCCUUGCGGAUCGUCGCGCCGUCGUCGUCGCCGCCGCAGCGUCGCAGGUAAAAUCGCGAGAAAAGCGCGAAGGGGCGAUGGAACGCGCGCCGCAGCCCAACGACUGCACGAGCCCGCGCACGCGUGCACGCGCGCCGUACGUUGCGAACGGCAGCAACUCGCGCGACAAUUCUUGACACUUCCGCAAAAUGGGAGUCUCCUCGCGGUGCCGCUCGCCCUCCGAUUACGCGCCGUGAUCCAUCUCCCAUCUUUCCCACCUUCUACAUCUCCUUUUCUCGCCGCUCGUCGGCCAUCUUCUUCACAUUCCUCGCCUUCCUCCGUCGAUUUCGCCGUAUCCGUCAUCGUUAUUUUUCGCGGCCACAACGCGGCCGCCGCGCGCAGUGCGAAACUUUCGAACGCGCGCGUUCGCGCCCACGAUUCGUCGCGCGUCGUCGCGCGCGGCACAUUCGAAGCACCUUCGCCCCGCGACGAUGGACGAGUCCGGGGUCGACAUGGGCUUCGACCUGACGGCCGCACUGACCACCGACCUCACCCACCAUCCCGCCGCCCUCGGCGAUUACGACGACUUCGAGCAGACCCUGUCUCUCCUGUCGUCCUCCACCAAGGAUUUGAUGUACUACGAGCUGAAGAGCCGUGCUCCUGACACUGCCAGUCCGCCGACGUUCAAAACAGCGACGCCGACGUCGCGCACGCAAUUGAAGCUGCAGCUGAUGCGGGAGCAGCUGCAUGAGCAGGAGAGGCGAGAGGCGGAAUUCCGGCAGAGCUUGCAGCAGCAGAGGCCAGCUGCCGCACCGCCCAGACCAGUGCCACCUACGCCAUUGCCCACCAUUGGCGUGGAUGUGCCGCCGCAAGUAUUGCAAGUGCGGACACUGUUAGAAAAUCCAACGCGCUACCACGUGGUGCAGAAGCAGAAGAACCAGGUGCGCCAGUACCUGCACGAGUCGUUUCGCGGGGGUGGUGAUGGUGCCGGCAAUGCAGUCGUCGGCAGCGAGGGUGGCAGGACGCCGGUCGACGCCGGGCCGCCGCCCGUCCCAAUGGUGGUGCAAAGUGCACCGCCCGGCCCGCAUCACCCGAAGCCGCAGCAUCCUCAUCUCGCCUCGUACCCACAUGCCCCCGCGCUGCUUCCUCACGGCAACCACCCCGUGGUCUCGGCGAGCCCGGACCCCGCCACCGGCGCCAUGUCUCCGGGUCUGUCCAGUGUCGCCACCAGCAACUCCGAGGCUGAGGACCUUCUGGACGACAUCCUGUCGUUCGAGGCUGGUUCUUUGGGUGACGGAUUGAAAGAUGGCCAGGCCGGCAGCUUAACGAAUAUACCGGAGCUUCAAAUUAAGCCGGAACCUCUUUUGCUCACCGAAGCAGAGAUCCACGCCCUUGCGAAGGAUCGACAGAAAAAGGAUAACCACAACAUGAUCGAGCGACGGCGGCGUUUCAACAUCAACGACAGGAUCAAGGAGCUCGGCACCCUCCUGCCCAAGACCAAUGACCCAUACUACGAGAUCGUUAGGGAUGUCAGGCCGAACAAGGGUACGAUCCUCAAGUCUUCGGUGGAGUACAUAAAGUUGCUGAAGAACGAGCUCACGAGGAUGAAGCAGAACGAGCUCAGGCACAAGCAGCUUGAGCACCAAAAUCGACGGCUACUCCUGCGCGUGCAGGAGCUCGAACUGCAGGCGAAGGCGCACGGACUUCCGGUCUCGGACUUCAACUGGGCGUCGACUUCCGUGACCAUGCUCAAUAGCUUCCCGAGGAGUAAACUCGAACAACGGAAGGUACAUAUGCCGGACCUGGUGACGGAAGAGGCGACAAGCCUGAGCAUGUCGCAGCUCGAGGACCUCAUGGAGGACGACACCGGCGGCCCCGUUCACGGCGGCGACCCGAUGCUGUCGUCGCCGCACCUGCCACCGUUGAGCCCACCUGCGACCGCCUGUCACCACGGCUUAGCCGACGAGGACACCUUGGGCAGCCUGGCGGUGACCACGUCGAAUUCCUCGUCCGACAUGGACAUCGUCGCGUAGCCCAGAAGAACCACCGUCCUCCUCCUCCUCCUCGCGGAUCGAAGCCCCCCCGAAGCGAAAACUUUGCCGAGACCUCGUGGAUUUUCCAGUCGGCGCCGCCGCUCGACCGGGGUGAUUGAUUUAGGUACACGCGGUGAGAACGGGACACCGGCGGUAUGUGACUCGCGAGGCGACGACCCGAGGAAGCCGUCGGGCUGCCGCUGCGACGUCGUAGAUCUUCAUCGUGGCACGGGGAGAGAAUUCGCGCGGCUCCAAUUGGAUUUUAUUGGAACGAGCGCGCGGAUUUAUCUGAAACUAGUCAUCGACUCGGGCGGGAUCUUACCUCACCGGAAGAUCGGCCGCGGCAAUGAAGACGGAUGUACGCGGACUGGAGGAUGUUACUUGCUGUUUGUGUUUAAGGGGAAUCGUCCCGAAUAUAUAUCGAUCGGCCGGGCGGAUGAGGAGGACAGCCAUUGUGCCGGCACAAUCGAUUCCUUGCGAAGGGAGCGAUUGUAUUCUUCCGAGCUUCGGAGCGGAGGAAAGCAAUUAAGAUCCGGACGAUCGAUCGAAGGACGAACCAGAAGACUGGAAGCCACGGUUCAAAUGUUCCCACGCGAGUGCCGGCUCAACCAUGAAUGCAUACUCAUCAGACCACGGAUACCGGCUGAUUAUCAUCACGCCGGUGAUCCCCGUAAUCAUCCGAGAUGUUCCCAAUGAUUAUCGAUUGUUGCGGUGUCCCUCCUCUCGAUCUCCUAACGUGAUACAUCAACGAGCGAGGCUCGAUCGCUUCAUUAAUCACGAGCAGCAAGGGCAUUCUCGGGGAGAGAGAGAGAGACCCUUUCAACCCGGUGAAUUAGCGGGAAAGUCGCGAAGUAAAUUGCUGCGGCAAGGACGCGUCAAGUUCGCGUCCUUGAAGAUACGGACGAGUUCUCUCUCGGGUCGAUGACGAGAUCGAGCGUUUUCGUCGGCCUGGGGAGGGGGGUCUCUCGAAGUGCCGGUGAAAGUCGUUAUCGCGACGGCAGGAGAGGAGUUCAGGGUCGUUCCAAUUACGAGGAACCGGGGGCUCGUUGUCACGAUUCUACGAACGGCUGGCCGUUUACAUCGAUGGAAUGCGUGACGUUUGCUGUGCGUUGUAUCGUGUCAGUGCAUCGAAGGACGCGCUCCUAUCGCGCAUAAGUCGAGCCUUAAACUUUCGCGAUGCUUAUCGCCAGUGAAAAUUGUUACCUACUCUUCGAGAACGAUGCAACCGUCAUCCUCGUCGCCGUCAGUGACGCGCAUUGCAUUGUCGGUCUUAGACGAUGACGAAGGAUCUUUGACGAGAAUGUCUUGUAAAAGUGCUAGCGAUGUAGCUCAUAUUGAUGAUAUUACUUAAUCGUACCGAUAAGCGGGUUGCCCGUUGAGAAAUUGUUUCCGUAGGUCGCGAGUGUCUGCGAGACGCGCCGAGAGGACACAGCCGGGAGAUGGAUAUUUUUAAUAAAAACCUUCUCCCCGAGUUUCUAUCUCCGAUGAAAAACGUUAAAAUCGACGGGAGUCGAUGCUCGCGUGAAACUCGCGAGAAGUUUCGAACCUAAUCGUCGCUCUGGUUCGCGGGAAAGCGCGAUUUCGGGAGCGAGCGUCGCGGAAGACGAGAAUAUCGCGAGAAAACGAACGAUGGAAGGGCGAAUCGUCGACGACGCACAGUGUUUUAAGAUUCGAUUUAAUCUUCAGUUUAUUAAACGUAGCAGUUACAAUUUGACAUCGAUCCCCGAGUCGAGUGCCUUCGUGGAAGGAGCCGAGAAGAAAUAUAUUUUCGGAAAUAUACCCUUCGAUUUCAGUAUUAGAGCGUGUACGCAUCACUAUAAACAAACUGCGUCCCCUGUCCUAAAAAGUGAAACGUAAAGUUAGCAUACGUCAGCAGUUCCUACAAGUUUUCCUCGUUGUAAACUCCAAGAUUCUGUGAAAAUGAUUACCUCUACGAGUCCGGAGGAACACGGAGAAGCCCCCGCUCCUCUGUACAUAGAGUCACAUCAUCUUGCCGCUACUUGAGUCGCGAUCGACUUUAUCGCGUUUCGCAAUGAAAUCCACGAAGAUUACGGAUGCAAGCACGUUCGCGACGAAACAGUCCGCUUCCUCGCGCUAUUCCAAAAUCGUCGCGAAAGCCGCUCGGAGCAUUCGCGAAGGCACACACACUCUGCCAUUAAUCGUUCGACAAAAGAGCCGAUAUUGACGUCGAUAUCGAGCGAGACACCGAUUUCACGUCUGAUCCCCCGACAGCAGCGGAUGAACGGGUACACCCAAGUUCGUUAUAAAGUUUGCUAAUAGUUAUUGUCCUCGGGUGUGCACGUCGUGCCUCGCAUGUUGCAGCGAGCGGCUUUUGUGCGACGGGCCUUGAUUUCUCCGCUUUGCCUUCGAGCGUUUACCGAGCGGAGUGUAACCCACAUUUGCCCGUUGACGUCGCCUCGAGCCAAGAUCGAUGAUAUUCGAUCGAAGAUUAACGUCGAUGAAUCGCCGGCGCUGGUACGAAGGGCAUCAAUUAAGGUAUUACCUACUUUUCAGGAAAGCGGGAGGAAUAGAUUGCGAAUCGGGAUAUAUAUUUUCAAGUGAAACAUUUUAUCGGUAGAUUGAGAUUUUUACGGAAUGUUUUAAUAGAUUUUUCACGAGAAUGGUAAUUUACAUUACUCUCACGAUGAAACAAAAUCGAGAAUUUUUCGUGAAUCACUUGUAUUUUCGUGUUGAAUUGUCUGAAAUUAAGUAAAAUUUCAUUUUGCGCAUCGAGAUAAUAAAAAUAAUAAUUUGUGGAAUAUGACGUGUGAGGUUCGAUUGAUAAAUAUUCUCUCGCGACUCUAGGGGAACGGAGAUUCGUUGUUGCAAUUUUUUCACGAGCGAUCGUACUUUCUAUUAGAAUGAUCGAUUGGUGGAAGACAUCGAGCAACAUCGAGAAAACAACGAUAAUUUACACGUAGAAUAUCUAAACUAUCACUUUACUUACUCAAGCGGCGGAAUUGCGAUUAAUAACAGGUGAGCAAUGGUUACUUAAAGAAAUCAAGUAGAAAGAGAGAAAAUGCUUUUCACAAAUUUACUGUUUAUGUUCUCAAUAUUUAUGAACGCUCGUUUCAUUAGCGCAAACUGUUUGAAUGGAUACAUGGAUUACAUAUUUUGAUUGCGACGUAUAUUGUUCUAAUAUAACGUAGACGUUGGCCGAAUAUUUUAUAUUUAUCCGCACAAUAUGCCGCUAACGCAUAUUUUGUUCGUAACCUAUUUUUCCGCUUCGUCUAGUGCGAAUUGCGCGACAGGUGAUAGCUUAGACAUUCUCGACGUGCGUUCUAGACGUGUCGGCGUACAGGCGACCGGCACACUGCCCUCAAGUGUGUUCCUAUCAUGUCAUUGAUUCUCUAUCAACGGAAAGAUCUUAUCUCUUGCAACAAGAAAAUGAAGAUUCAUUUCCCGCGGUAGUUUGCAGAAGACCACGGAAACACCGUUAAUGGUGCGUUCGCAAGUUUUUGACGAAGGAAAUGCGGCGUCUCACGCGGAUUCGAGUUAAUUCAGUGCGACACUCCUCGCUUGAUAGAAGAUCUUUUUACUGUAGCGAUCGAUUAUGCAACAUCGCGACCAUGUAAUCGUCCUCCCUAGAUUUCGCCACGUUAGUUCACACAGGUCGAUCCUUUGAUACGCGUAUAAAUGACAUUUAGAAUACAUCGACAGCCCAUCAAUGGAACAGACGAGAAUUCGCACUCGCACAGGUUUUUAGCGUACGAUCCGUAAAUCAUGCCGAGGAUGCUUCUUCGUCGAUCGCGUCGGCAUAAUGCACGCGGCUCCUCUCCGUGGCGCAAAAUCUGCGUAACUAAUGUCAGAGCACGUCGGAAGCGCUCCACGUCGGAAACCGGUAUCCGUUUCUGCUUGCAAGCGUGACUAAACAAACGAGCAAAACGUCGCGGCAACUGCAGUUGUCGCGGAGACUGCAGUGUCCCGGGGCUGAUACGUCCAUUAACAAAUCAUUCCGUUUGCGGUAUAUGAAUUUAUCGCUCGCUCGCGCCCACGCACGGCCGAGACGAAUAAUUUUAUAUUAUCAUUGUCAGCGCUGUAACGCGCGCGCGCUCACGUUGAUUAAUUGACGGUCGGUACGAGAAAGCCGUCGACGAGCGUCAAAGGUGCGCGGCGGAUGAAGGGAGCGAGGGGAAGGGGUUUUGUAAGGAAUAAAUUUAAUGGCCCUCUGAACUCUCUCGCGCGCGACCUGGAGAGCUCGGAAAGGUUAGCUCGGGAAUUACACAGAGUGCCUCAGACAUUCUGAGCUCCCUCUUUUGUCAUCCGUGAAUUUUUCGACACCUUCGAUGUUGCCGCACCGAAAAUUCCAUCGAGCGUUUUCAAUGUCCCUCUUUCUUCUUUUCUUUUUUUUUUUUAACGUUUUCCUUUAUUUUUACAUCCUUUCAAGUAUUCAACGUUACGAAAUUCCCGUUGAGGCGAAGUGCACUUAAAAUCGCGCGGAGAAUAAGGUUUCGGAGUUUAUCGACGUUCUCGAAAUUCUAUUCCUACGAGGAGCUCUCUUCGUUUUCCAUCAUUUAUAAAUGAGAAGUAAAACCGUCGCGACGUUUCCCCUGUCGUCGGACGGAAAAGUGAGGAAGUCCGUGUCCGUCGGGGAAUCCGUAAACGCGCGGGAUCCGGGUCACCUUAUACUUAAUCCUCAAAAUUGAACGAAGGUCUCGGCGGAAGACGGCGGGAAUUUCGAGUGAUUAUCAAAGUUCGCCGAACGUUCUUUCGCGAAACCGGGCCAACUCGCAAUUCCGGGCACGAGCCGCGCGACGCGGAAUACGUAACGAUUUCGACGGUGCAUUCGCGUCGACCCCCAUCGGCGCUGUGUAACCACCGGGGAAAAAUAAAUAAUCCGGAUACACGACGCGCGCCGAAGGUAAAUACAGAUUCCGGUGGCUCACGAAAAACUUUCUUAUCGGGGACGUUGCCGUAAAGGGGGCUUGUUAGGACUUUUGGCGACGGCGCGAUUGCCCCGGUCCGAGAGACUCGCGCGAGAUUUCACACGUGCAAAACGCGACACACAGUGGAGCGAAACACUCAAAUUUCUGCUCCAAACCCUAAACGUAACCUUCUUAAGUAUAACUUACGCGAUUUCAAAGAUUCUCAUCCAUUCAAUUCAGAAAUUUGCGAUAAUCGUUAAACAAUUUUUUUGCGAAAAUUCAACAUAGUUGGUCUAAACUCGUACAAUUUUGCGACUUUCGGUGUUCUGUUAUUCGUGAGUGCGCAAGUGCGUAUGCAAUUGACCUUUUUCGGAACAGCGUACAUGUUAUUAGGCUUGCGUGAAAUUUAGAUUUCACGUGAAGGACGAUUAAAGAGAAAAAUAUGAUAAACAGUUAAAGUUAAUUUAUUUUACUAGUUGAAAAAUUUCUUAUUACGAACGUUAAUUUUAGACAAGGGAUCACCUCUUGCUCGGUUAUAUUACAAUUUUGUUUCCUGUAUAUUUCGUUACAUUACAUAUAUCGUGCAACAUAAAUUCGCAAGUCUUUUCGAGCCGAUCGAUUGGUAAUUUACUGCGACGGGGAGGUUGGAAAAUCAGGAAUUGCACAAUUGACCCUGGCUUUGAUCGAGCGUCGGCGCGCGUGGAAUAACUCGUGCGGUGGCAAGUAAUCUCGUCGCGACUGCGCGCGUAAAGGAGUUAACGUUGACAUUAUUUCCCCAUCGGCGCGAUAUACCGUCGAAAGUUACAAGAUUUUUUCAUUCCGUACAGCGCCAAAGGCUAUUGCCAUCGUAAAUGCACAACGAAAGUUAAGUAUGCAAUAAUGAUUAGCAGGCAUAACUGGUUUGCCGGCGAGCCUCGAAAUAGGUCAUGCCUCGCGGGAACGCCAUUUAGAGAGCGCUCCUGCCUACCUUUAAACCCAGAACGAAACUAAUUUCUAUCGGAACGAAAUUUCACGCCAAUGUGCAGCGGCGCGUUGUGUGCGGAAGACGUAUCGGAGAUUCGCUCGAAUACAGCUAUUCACGUUGCUCCCGCGUUUAUAAUAUUUCCUAAAUGUAUAUUGAUGUCACCACCAAAGGAAUAAUUUCGAAAAUUAAUCGGCGCAUAAUGCAUCGUUAAUUUAAAUUAUGUUUCGGUUCUUUCAUUUCGGUGUUUUAAAAUUUAAUUCGUUUCUCGAAUUUUCAAACAUAAUUUCAAUGCUUUCGUGUAUGUCUUUAUUAAUUAUUAAAAAUAAUAUCCGGCACGUAAUGUGCCGACAAUUUAAAUACUACUUCAAUUAUUUUAUUUCAACCGUUCGAAAUUAAAUUUCUUUUCAUUUCCGAGCGUAACCAUUUAAAUUUUCUCGUAUAUAUUUUAUUAGCUACAAGAUAUUUUUUAUGCAUAUUUUUUACGCAUACGGGAAAUAUUCUUGAUUUUCUUUCAGUAUAUUAUUUUGUUAAGAAAUCAUUUUGCUGUUGGGAAUGUUAAUUUAACUAAAAAUAUUAAAAUAUCGCGACAUUGCAUCCAUAUACAAUUUUGCAAUCUUUCCUUUCGUCCAUUCGACGACCCAAUCUCUCAAACGCGAUCCGUCGAACGAGACGAUCGAACUUUCGCAAGUCCGCUGUUGCUGACGCCGCGAGUGUCCGCGAAUCGGCGGUAUCGUUUGCAUGCGGGUAUGUUACGCCGCAGCACAACGAGAGUAAAAACGAGAGUGCGAGCAGGUGCGAGCGUCGGCCAUAAAUAAGAGACAACGCCGCGGCGUUACGUGCCGAAGAGCGAGAUUGAAAAUUCCGCAAGCGGCGGAAUAUGCGGUCGCGCAAGAUGACGCGAGCUCUCGCCGUUAAAACACCUCGCGACGUUGUAUUAUUUUCUUCUUCCCUUCUUUUUUUUUUUAAGCACACCUAUUAAAUCUCGCGAUCGAGGAAUCCGCGACACGCGCGUCCCGACGAGCUUGGGGAAAUACCAUACUUCGGUGAGAUCGUAAAUCGCGCGACGAGGUUACACCUCGUUUACUGCAUCCUCAUUCUUCGAAAAAUUCAUAAAGUCAAGAAAAAUUAUCUUUGUUUUUUUAUUCACUAUUGAUUGUUGAAUUCGACAUAUCUUAAAUUUAUCUCCGAGACAUAAAUUUUUCUACUGAAAAAAAAAAACAAACUGAAAUACUGUUAUCGUAAUCGAUACUUCCGUUAAUUCGUCGGUUUGCUUCCCGCUUUCGUUCAUACUCGUUCCAUUUUUCUCUCUGUACUCCAGUUUUUAAAAGUUGAGCUCUCGGUGGUCGAACGGGUUUCCCCGUAAGUUUCACCGUCUCGUUAAUAAAACAUCGGCGCGGACCAGGCCGAGGACGAGCACGCGCUCAGCAAUGAGCUGCGCGUGUCGCGUUUUAACACGCGUACGUAUCCCGAUAUAAGACGGUUCCGCCGGCUUUUCCCCGGCCACGCACGUUUGUCGUUCGAGCACGCCGCUCGCUGACGGUCGAUGGUUAACGGUGCCAUAAGCGUGUCACGCGAACAGCGAAUUCAAAUGCCGCCCACUACGUGUCUCAUCGCCGGCACAAAACCGCGCAUUGGCGUAUGCAAUUUAUAAAGUCACAUCUCAUACAAAUUUCGUGCCGAAGUGAUGAUCGUAGAGUUUAAGGCUUAGAACUAGGAAAAUUUCGUGUGUUAAUCCUUUCACCGCUGAAGACGUGGACAACACGCCCUUGAUGAGUAAACGCUCUCUCGCGAAAAGCGUAGAUCGGCGUCCAUAAAUUCAAAGCAAUACACUAAACAUAUUUGUCAAGCUAUCGAUUAAUUCAAAUAAUUGAGAUACUUUAUAAGUAAUAUUUCUUUGCUCACGCGAAUUUUCGAGUCACGAUGCAAACCAUCGCGGCCGAUCGAUUCUCGAAUCUGCUGUUUGCCGUAUUCAGUAACGGAUAUAUCGUCGAAACUAUCGAGAUCGCACGGCGUAUCUCCGCCAUCGAAUUUUCUCCGCGGACGCAGCCUCCUCGAUGCGAAAUUGCGCACGCUUUGCAAGCACAGAUAAAUCUCUUGCAGACGUCGAGCCCUCGCAGCGAGAGCGUAUCCCGAAACGGACGCGUAAGUCAAUACUCCCGGAAUGCGGAAAGACGUUUUCCGCCGAGCGUGAGCGUCAGGCAGCGAGAGAUAACUUGGACGCGUCGAAAAGAGAGACUUUUCACAGCCCUAUGAUAACGUGUGAUAUAUACCCGAUAGAUGUAAGCGAAUAAGUACAAUACGUAGGUCGCAAGGAGCGUGCGAGGAAUAUAUUUUCGGAAGUAUUUUACGGCGGCGAGAGCGCGACAUUGCCAGACUUCGCCGAUCCCCGCGUUUAAGAUCUUGAUCCGAUAGCCAUUUGCGGUUUCAUGGCAAAUGUACAUACGUAUAGAAAAUAUAGACAGCGCGCACACAAGCAGGAAAACCGCGAAGGAGAGGAGGGAGAAAACGGUGUUACCACUUUUCAUAGUUUAAUUGUUGACAAUGCGAGAGAGAGAGAGAGAGAGAGAGGAAAGUGGCGGUGAAUAAUGUUAAUUAGAUGGAUAAUAAUAGUAAUAAUGAAGAUUAUCGUUAUUAUUGUUGCGUCGUUAAUGUUACCGUUGAGACGAGAUAUUUUAUUAUCAUCCGUCAUUGUUGCAUCGACGUCGUCGUCGGCGAUGUUCCGUCGCGCGACACCCGAUGACUAUUCAUUGUUAUCAGUUACUAUUGUGCGAUUAUUAGGGCGCACAAUUGCGACCGUAUAAUUGCGAUCGUUAAAUGCGCGAUGACGAACCAGGCGAGUCGAAAUUGCGUUGCGUUCGGCGCUACGUUACGUCGCGAUGGCGAAGCCAUCGAUGAAUUACGUUACGUUAUGCAUAUGUUUCACUCGUACCCGUUGUGCCGAUAUUGCGAUUGCAAUUCGCGUCGGACAGCGGACGUAACACAGUGCCUGACAAAUCGAAGAUAAAGGAUGACAUUACCGAA